AUGUACCCAGGAGGAGGAUCUGUGAGAGCGGGGGUGGAGAGCUUUGGGUUCCCCUCCCACUUCCACGACACUCUCCAUGAGUUCCCCAUCUGUCACGUCAACGCACUGCUGGCGGGGGCACUGGACACGGAGGCCAAAGACAUAGACGCAGGUGUGCGUUUGUGUUUUAUACUAGGAAUGUAAUAAUUUAAUAGACCAACAAAUGCCAUACUAUCUUAUCUAUUGAAUUGUUUGAUUUAUUGUCACAACUGCAGAUGCCGGACAGGCCAAUGGGGACAAGUCCAACCUGACCCAGACUGACCCAGGGAAGGCAGAAAGCAAGGAGGGCAGCCCAGACAAAGAGGACCAGAGCAUGGAGACUAGUACCAGUACAGACCCUGCCGCGGACAAGGAGAGAGAGGAGAGGGAGAAACUUAGAGAGAUCAGAGUAUGACAACGCAUAGUAAAGCAGCCAUUAGUCAUUGUUAUUUGUCACACCUGUUCGUGCUUGUGUGUUCCAAAGAUUUGUUCCACUUAGUCCGAUCAACGGUGCACAAAUUGAAGAGCAACUGUAUGUUGUGUUUUAGGGCCAGGAGAAGAAGGUGAAGAUGGAGGCGAAGAGGAAGAAACUAGCUGCUGCUGCCGCCGUGCUGGAGGGGAGGAACGCUGACGGGUCAGUCUGAUCUCUGAUCUCGCUCACCCCCCUCCGCCAUUUUUCUGUUUUAGUAACACUGGGCAACAGAGUGAACUCUAGACCUGUUUAUAAACCAUUAAUAAGAGGUAAUAAACAUGUAUGAGCACUAAUAACGAGUAUAACAGCUCUGUGGCACUAAGUUUACACCUCCCUGACACGUGAGUUGAGCUGUGUAAAUAGUCACCGUGACAGUUUCUGCUCUGUCGGCAUUUUGGUGUUGUCUUGCACUGUCUGAAAUCAGUAAAACAUGUCCAUGUUAACAUCUUUGUGUCCGCACAAGACGAACAAAAGAGGAUUGCUCAGCAGUUAUCUUGAUCAGAAGUGAGAGAGGUGUGACAUGUCUAGUUAAAAAUGAUUGAUGUUUGGGCUUACAGCACGUCAUCUCAUCCUGUUUUUUAUUGAUUUAGUUUGUUGGGGAAGCUUGUGUUUGUCCAGGUCACCUUGAACACAUCGCUAGUCUGGACAAAGCACACCUUAGUGCCACAGGGGCCCCGUUCCAAUACUUUAAACAGGCCUUCUUCAUUCCAUCCUCCCUUUUUUGAAGUACUCACUAAUCUUACCCAAUUGGUUAGGCAAGGGCUUUCGUCUGUCAAGUUUUGUCAGCUCAGUUUUCACCGGGAGGGACAAUGGAAAGGAGAAAACAUGUUCAUAGUGUUUGAACAGGGCCCCACACUGGUAGUAAAAUAUGUGUUUAUAUCUCUGGUUCUCCUCCUCAGGUUGGUGAUUGCCAGUCGGUUCCACCCCUGUCCAGUUCUACUGGGCCUUAUCAAGUUCCUCGCCCCCUCCAGACCCUUUGUAGUGUACUCUCAAUACAAAGAGGUAUGAUUCUGAGUGUUCUCUAGUAUGCUUCCUAGUAGGGCUGUGACGAUACCAGUAUUGCAAUAUUUUUUCAAUGGCAAAAAUGAAAACAUCUGCUUCGUGUUUUGUUUUCUUGCCACGAUACUAACGAGUAUUGCGAUACUGGUAUCGUCCAGGCCCUACUUUCUAGUGUGUGUAGUGUACUUAAUAAUGUAGUGUAUUUAAUAGCGCUUGUUACUUUAUUACAACCCAAAAUGUUUGUAUUACAGACCCUAGUGUACUGCCAUUAUACAGAGGUACAUUUAUUGUCUUUCUCCAGUGGGAAAUCUCUCCUAUCAAAACCACAGAUAUAACAGUCUGUAAUCUAGUCUGUGUUAGGCGUUAUCACCCCUGUCAUGUUAUUAAAUCUCUCUCUCUCCUACAGCCUCUGAUAGAGUGCUAUACAAAGCUCAGGGAACAAGGUGGAGCAGUCAGCCUGCGACUCACCGAAUCCUGGAUCAGACAUUACCAGGUAUAGUCAUAUUAAAACUGAACUGUAUCUCUGGAAAAUCAUCCAUGUUUGUAGUACCAGCACUAGCUUUUACCUCUGACCUCACUUCCUGUCUCUGUGUAUGUAGGUGUUGCCUAACAGGACGCACCCCAUGCUGCUGAUGAGUGGGAGCGGGGGCUACCUCCUCUCCGGGACGACCGUUGCUACAGAUACGCCGAAGACUGGCUCAACGAGAGGAGAGGAGCCGGCCGCAAAGAGACUGAAACUCACAGAGACCACAGAGGGAUAA